AACUGAUACGGGUUCUCUGUCGCCAUACUAGUGCGAUAGGGAAGGCGGUCGUUGAGAUCGCUGCCAAACGUUAGGAGCGUUCUUUUGGGCGCAAGGGAUUUUUAUCCCUAUUUAGUGCCAUUUCCGUCUUUAACACUCUUUUUGUUUGAUUAACAGAAGUAUUGCUUUGUGUUGUAACAAGCAAUUUUUUCUUUUAUUACCAGUUGCAAUAUGGCUAUCUAAAAAUGUUGUCACAAACUUGCAUCGGAGUAUCUGCUUCGCAGAAAGAAGCUUGCAAACUGUCGACACUUUAUCAGCUGAAGGGUGUUUAUGUGGGAGGAUAUUUUAACCAUGGAAAAGAAGCCACUGCCUCGUCAGCCAAGUUUGACGAAUUCGAACGCAAUUGAAAAGAAAACGGACAGCAGCCCAAAUAAAUUUGUUCGAUUUAACAAGAGAAGAGAUCAUGGAAAUGGAAGAGGUGCUAUGCAGGAUUUCUCCAUUCGGGGUCAAGUGUCUCAAAAAUCAAGAUCAACUCUUGACAAGAGGCCACGAUCGAGAGGCUGUUUUACUGAUAGACAAAGAGAAGAGGUAGCUAGGCCAGAUUCUUUUGAGGUUGGAUCUGCUUUCUAUCAUGGUUCCAAGAAAGGAAACCUUAAUCAUCUUUUAAACUUCACUUUUGCUGCCCGUGAAAAUGUGGUGGGUUCUUCACACCGGCCACAAGCACGCCGGACAAGAGUUACUUACAAUAAGGAGCAGUAUCUUCAGGCAAACUGCCAGUUUGUUGUGAAGAAUACAGGAGACUACACAGUGCAAGCCAAAAAUGCUGAUGCACUUGUUGAAUGGGAUCUUGUGGAACAAGUGAUAACUUUCAGUCAUGACAGUGGAACCUGUCCAAUAUGCUUGCAUGUCCCUUCUGCAGGAAAAAUCACUCGAUGUGGCCAUGUCUACUGCUGGGCUUGCAUUCUGCAUUACUUGAGUUUAGAUGACCGAACUUGGCGAAAGUGUCCUAUCUGCUAUGAGUCAGUCCACACGUGUGACCUGCGCAGUGUCAAGAUAAUCCAAAGAAACCUGUAUACAGUUGGAGAUACCAUCACAUUUCAACUGAUGAAGCGAGGGAAAGGAAGUACCUAUGCCAUGCCAUGUGGUCAAUGGCAAGACAAGGAAGACCAGCAUCAAAGAUUUAAUGAUGGUGAAGACAAUGUUUAUGCCAAAGUGCUGGUAGCAGAUGCCACACAAAUUCAAACAUCUGUCAUAGAAGAAGAACGCAGAGCCCUAAAAGAUCAGCUUCUUACAGCUGAGCCAUCAGAAGUCUGUUUCAUAGAAUCUGCUCUAGCUUACCUUGAUGAACGUGAAGCAGUUCUUCAGGGAAAAGUUAAUGCUGAGCAGGUAGCAGUCAGGCACAUGAAACAGCUGGAGGAGGCGAGACAACAGGAGGAACACCCAUUAACCAACCACUUUGUAGGUGCUCAGGACAGACUACUUAAAAAGGCUUGUAAACACUACAUCGAUGCAUUUGAUGAAGACUAUGAAGAAGCAGAGGAGGAUGCAACAUGCAGCAUUGUAUCUGAAGAGAUUUCAGAGGAAGAAGAGGAAGAUUUUCCUGUAUGUAGCGUUGGCCUAACUGAUGACCACAGGCUUGAUGCAAAAUGUUCAAAUGUAGAAUGCACUAAAACAGACAAAAUGGCAGACCAAUCUUACAAAGUGCCAGACAUGCCCACGUCUUCAGAAGUGGCAGGAGCAAUGGCAGAAGGACAGGAGCAGGCUGCAUGCAAUGACACUGGAGUUCACAACCUAGCAAAUAUUAACAAAUCCAAGGAUGCCUUCUAUUUCUAUCAAGCCAUUGACGGACAACAUAUCUACUUGCACUCGCUCAAUGCUCGCUGCAUCAUCAGCCAGUAUGGCAGUUUGGAACAUGGGCCUACUACCAUCACAGCCACUAUAGUGGACAAGGAAAUUGCCUUCAUGACCGAGAAUAUUCGCAGACGUCUGCGUUAUUUGAGCCACUUGCCCCUCACCUGUGAGUUCCAGGUUCUGGAAGUGUCUCUUGGCCCACCUAUUAUUUCAAAACACACCUUGCAGCUCUUUACAGAUGAAUUCAAAAAGCGUAGCAGGCAACGACAGAAGAGGGUAAGAGAGGAUAAACGUCAGGCCAGGAAACUUCAAAUUGAAGAAAGGAAGACUUAUGGACUUUAUCCUGAACUGAGGUUAUCUCUUGACAACCCAGAACAUUUUCCAGCGCCACCAGUAACUGCUGAGGAAUUACAACUUUCCUUAAGUCUGUCAGAUGAUAGCCGUGAUGUUGGUGCAUUCACUGAUCCCCCUGGGCCAACUACCUGCAUGGCAGAAACUAUUCCUAAAGGAAAUGAAGAUGCCACUAAUGAACAGACUUCUUUCUCUUUUGCUGCAGCUCUAAAAAAAGCAAAACAGCCCUCCCCAGCUGUCUUUGAAAGUCGUCACAAAACCAGCGUGCACUCUGCUGCUACCUCCUCCAGCUCAAAGUUGCUGCCGCAUGAGAAGACUUGCAAUGAUAGUGAUGAGGAAACACAUGUUCCAUUGUUCAGCGAAUCCUUUGGUGAAGCAAUCCAGAAAGCACUUGAUACGCUGGAAUCUGGAAAUACUGUUUCAAAUUCUAAAAAAACAUCUGGCAAGAAGAAGAAGGAAAAGAAACUUCUGUUUUCAACAUCUAUGAUGAGACGUUAAGUGGGACAAAAAAAAAUAUCCCUUCUUUGAUGAUGCACAUUAAAUAUGAAAUGCAGAUGAAUUUGGUGCUUGCUGCAGAAUUCUUGGUGGAAAAGCGAGUUUUUUGUUCUUGUUUCUGUUUAAUAAACUGCUUGUGUCCCUCUGCUCCCUUUCCAGACAUAAAAAAAAAUGACAGCAUUUGGUAUAUUCAGAAAGAAUACAAAUUGAUUUCCCUUAAAGAUCAAAUCGUUAUCAGAUAAAAACCACGUUUUCCACAACGUUGACUUUAAAAAGGUUAAAAAAUUUCCUGGAAGUAUAUUUAAAUGUUCAGUAAAUAGCUCAAUAAAAUUAUUUGUUGAAAAUAUUUUAAAUAUGCAAUGGCUUCAUGAUUAAUCCUACCGUUAUGGGUACACUAUAUGCUGUAUACACUGGUGAGUAGUAUGCCAUUUAUAGCAAUCUAAGUUGGGAGGGCAAAGCAAAUGAUUUUGAGUUGUCGUUGCGUCUGCUCUUUUUCCAGUCCAUUUUUUUAAUGUACAUACAAAUUUUAAAGAAGGAAAAUAAAAGAUUAUCCAGUUGA